AUGGCGUAUGCCGUGGACGGCGAGAAUCCGAAGCCGGUGUUGGAGUCGUUCUGUGACACUGAGAUUCCGAUCGUGAAGUUGGCCAUGUCCAGCGAGUUGUCACCGGUAGCUGGUCACGUGAGUGCCACAUACAGAGGAUCUCUUUUAGUCUGGGGAGGAUAUUACUACUCCUACAGUACGAUGGACUACCGAAAGGGAUCUGAUUUGUACAUUUAUCCAUACGCACUGGCAGGAAACUCUGGUGUUUGGUUCGUUAACGUUACAUUGGUGUUUUGUAUUUAGUGGCUACAGAUUGAAAUUAAUAUAAACAAAUUAAAAUUUUAAAAAUUUUUUUGGAGGUAGAUCUUACUAAAGUUCGUUGUUUUAGGCUGAAAGUGAUGGGUACAGGCUCUGAACCUAAGCCAAACAGCGGUGGAGCAGCUUUGAUUUGUGGGGAUGAUUUGUAUAUUUUUGGUGGAACUACAGUUUGUAAGUCAAUUUCACACGACUUCUGAUUGUGUCAAAAAAUAUAACUUUAUGACCUGGUUUUGUUUUGAAUUAUUAACAAUUAACUAAUAACUUUUAUAUAUUUAUAUUCAAUUCCUUAGAAAAAUUAAGUACAAUUCUUUGUGUUUAGUGGGAGACGGUUCUGGGAGGAGAAGGAAUCCCCAGACCAGCAUGUUGUGGAAGCUAAACAUACCUUCUGCUGUAUGGGAUAUUGUGGAUCCGGCUCCAGACCUCAAAGUACCAACUCCUAGAGAUAAGACUGCUGCUUGGUCGAUUGGCCACAAACUUUACUUCUUCGGCGGGUUUGGCCCUUGUUUUCAACUUUUGAACUCGGUAGAUGCCUACCUGGUUGGUGACAACGAUUUUGUUAGUGGAGGUCCAGGAACCUGCUGGAACAACCAGCUCCUGGAGUUUGACGUUGAUGAAAGACGUUGGAAUCUGAUACCUAAAAGAGGGACGCCACCGACUGCCAGGGCUGGUGCAGGUUCACAGUACGUCGAGGAUCUGGGUGUGGUAUUUUUGUUUGGUGGUAGGGGGUCUAUUACAAGGCUGAACGACUUGUAUGUGCUGGAUAUCAAUACGUUUAUUUGGACAGAAAUGUAAGUUCUUUUAAUCUACUAUCAGUAUAUUGAAGCGCGUAGAGUUACUUUUAUAAAUAUGUUGUUUCUAUUUGAUAUAUAUUUUUAUGUUCAGUGAUCUAUCAAUUCGUCCACCCGGCCGAUCUUGGUGUGCUAUGAGUUGGAUUCCGGACAGACAAGAGAUAUUCAUGAGUAGCGGAUUCUCGGUAGAUGAAAAGCCGUUGGACGAUGUUUGGGCAUUAGAUAUGUCGCGAUGUUAUGAAGGUGAUGUAAGGGAGAACAUCACUGUCAGUUGGAAGUGUGUGAAGCCAGCGACGAUUAACGAUGAGGUUAAUGACCAAGAAGGAGCUGCUAACAAUAAUGCAGAUGCUACUUCACCUGCAGAAGCGCCGCCAUUUCAAAGAUUCUGGCACACGGCAAACGCCAUUGAAUCACGGUCACACACGUCUUUUACAGAAGCUGUGCUUUUAUAUGGAGGUAGGGAUUGAAAAUUGUUAAUGUAUUCUGAUGUUUGUAUGAAGUAUAGUUACGUUAUUCAAUUAAGUAUUAGAGAACUGUCUUAAGUAAUUGAUUUUCUUUUAGGUAUGAGUCAGCACCCCUGUUCCACAGCACCAUGUCUCAAUACUCUGCACGUUCAGACCAUUCAACCUCCUUCGUUGUUUGCUACCGUACUCAGAUGGUAUUCAAAGACUGACACCAAACUCCCAUCCCCAGUCUUCCCUGCUUUAUAUAGGAAACACUACUUGUUGGAGGACAUUAAUCGAUUCAAACGGGACUUCCGCCAUUCGUAUGGUGAUUGUUACAGACUUGCCAACUCUUUACACGGCCUUACCCUCAAAGAAAUAUUUGACAUAUUGGAUAUGAAGAACUCUUUGUAA